AUGGAUAUGGCGGCAGCAAGGACAACGGCCUACAGCUUAUGCGAGCUUGCGCAGAAUACCGCUGCUUCCUCCUCCUCCUCCUCCUCCGCCUCCUUUUCCUCGCCAUUAGAUUCUUCUGUCCUCUGUCACGGUAGCGGAAACCUGGGUGCACCCUUGAUCUGCGUGUUGGACUGCGUUCUCGUCCAGACGCGAGACUAUUCGCAAGGGCUGAUGGCAGAGAAGAUCUACGACGCCGACGGCCAGAAAGAUGACCUUCUCGUCAUCUCAAGGAUAUGGCUGCAAGCGUAA